AUGACCGCGGGCAACAAGAUUCUCCGCGUGGGAGUGAUCGGAUGUGGCGAGAUCACCCAAGUCGCCCACAUCCCAACUCUCGGAUUCCUCUCCGACUACUUCCAGAUCACCUAUCUCUGCGAUGUCUCCAACAAUGCGCUGGCACACUGCGCCAAAAAGGUCAUCGGCGGCAUCCCCAAGACAACCCGCAAGGCCGAAGACCUCUGCGCCUCCCCAGAUGUCGACAUCGUGAUGAUCGCCAACAGCGACGCCUUCCACGUCCCACACGCCCUGUUAGCCCUCCAACACGAUAAAGUCGUCUUCAUCGAAAAGCCCAUGGCCCUCUCCCUCCAAGACGCAGAUCGCAUCAUCGAGCUCGAGAAGACCUCCUCCGGCAAGGUGAUGGUCGGAUACAUGCGUCGGUACGCGAGCGGCUUCAUCGACGCAGUCAAGGAAAUAGGUAGCCUUGAUGAAGUGCGCUAUGCGCGCGUGCGGGAUAUCGUCGGUCCGAAUUCGGAUUUCGUGGCUCAGUCGGGGACAUUUCCGAAGGUGUUCUCGGAUUACCGAGCGGAGGAUAAGACGGAGUUGGGGCAGAGGACUGGGGAGCUUUUGGAACAGGCUUUGACGAUGGAGUUGGGGAUUCCGGUUACGGAUGAGACGGCUUGUCAGUGGAGGAAUUUGGGCAGUCUGGGGUCGCAUGAUCUUAGUGCGAUGAGGGAGGCUUUGGGCAUGCCGAGUGCUGUGCUUGGGGCUUCUUUGUGCAGUACACAGGGUCCGCCAUUUUGGAGUGCUCUCUUUCAAUAUCCGUCUUUUGCUGUCUCUUAUGAGUCUGGUAUUGAUGAGGUUCCCCGAUUUGAUGCGUCCAUUGAGGUAUUUGGUGGGAAUAAGACGGUCAAGGUCUGCUUUGACUCGCCUUAUGUUAAGGGGCUGCCUACGACCAUGCACAUCCGUGAGAAAUUGGAGGAUGGAUCGUUCCGGGAGUCCCUGGUUCGGAAUACCUAUGAGGAUGCUUAUACUCUGGAAAUGAAGGAACUUUAUGCCUUCGUCGUUGAGGGUAAGCCUGCUAAAACCACGGCGGAGGAUGCUAGGAAAGAUAUUGAGAUCUUUGGUAUGAUUAUGAAGGCGGGUCUGGCAGGACAAGCUAGACUGAACAAGAUCACACCAAAUUAG